AUUCUCAAGCUCACCAACAAGCGAGUUGGAGAACGAAAGAAUGUCAAGGCAGAAACGCUCGAAUGGAUGGGAAGAGCCUAUAUUGAUCAAGGUCGCCACGCGAAAGCAAUAACGGUAUUACUAGAAUGUCUCGAAGUCAGAGAGAAAAUUCUCGCCAAAAUUGAAAGCACAGAAGCGGCAAAGGACGAACACAUCGAGCUCUUGGACACGAUAUCGUGGCUGGUCAAGGCCUAUCAAGCAUCGGGUAAACUCGAUGAAGCCGAAGAGCUGGCUAAGCGGAUGGUGCGGGAAAAGACAGAGUUGUUGGGUGCGUCCGAUCCCCUUACACUCGACUCUCUCGCUUGGAUCGUCCUCUUGCUCGGUGAUCGGCAGCGCUACGAGGAAAUGGAAGUCAAGGCCAAAGAAUUGCUCGAAGGGAGGCUCAAUGCGGGUGGGCCAGACGACCCCGCCACUUGGACGGCCAACUAUUGGGUCGGCCGAGCCUACUGCCACCUCGGAAAGUUUGAAGAGUCGGAGGUGCUCUUACGAGACGUGUGGGAGAAGCGCAAGGUCAAAUUGGGAGAGAACCAUUUGGACACGCUCACCGUGCUCUCCUGGCUCGGCAGGCUAUGCACCGAUGCUAAAAAGUAUGAAGAAGCCAACAAGCUUCGAGUGGAAGAACUCGAGAGGAGGAUCCAAGUCCAAGGCGAAACCAAUAUAAACAAUGCCGUCGUCCUCGAAGCGCUCGUGGCGAUCCGAUGCAAGAUGGGCGACUUGGACGCUGCCGAGUCCUAUUGUAACGAAGCGAUCGAAAUCCGAAAGCUCAAGGGGGGCGAAAAGAGUUUGGGCUAUGCUAAUGCGAGAGCGUGGCUGGGCGAGGUCUGCUUUCUAAAGCAAAAGUAUGAAGAGUCGGUUGCCAUCCGGAGAGGAGCGUUGGCGACACGAAUGGAAUUGUUGGAACCGCGUCAUCGACUGAUUGGGUUUAGCAAGUGCAAGCUCGCGCUAGUACUCCAUACCAUGGGGGGCCAUGACGCAGAGGCGGAAGAGUUGAUAAAGGAGGGGGUGGAGAUCAUGAAGGACACAGUUCGAGCAGACGACCCUUCAUUGGAAGAGGCAUUAGAUAUCCUCAAAAAGAUUAUAGGUGAAGAUACUCAGGAAGCAACAAAGGCAACAGGACCACAGACUGAGCCCCAUGUACCACAAACUAGUUAA